AUGGAAGAAUAUAUACAAGAUGCUAUGGCUUACGUGCGCGAAUAUGGACGACCGUGUUUAUUUAUCACGUUCACAUGUAAUCCAAAAUGGCCAAAGAUUACAUCUUUGCUAUUGCCUGGCCAAAAUGCAAUACAUCGUCAUGACAUUACAGCACGUGUAUUCAGACAAAAGUUGAAAUCUCUAAUAAGUUACAUUACUAAAUUAUAUGUAUUCGGUCCCACACGUUGCUGGCUGUAUUCAGUUGAAUGGCAAAAGAGGGGAUUACCUCAUGUGCACAUUUUGGUUUGGUUAAUCGACAAAAUCCGUCCUGAAGAAAUUGAUAGUAUUAUUUCUGCGGAAAUUCCAAAUCCGUCUACUGACCAAGUGCUGUUUUAUAUUGUUACAGCAACCAUGAUCCAUGGUCCAUUUGGUACUCUUCAUCGUUCAUCGCCUUGCAUGGCAGAUGGAAAAUGUACUAGAAAUUUCCCUAAAGAUUUCACUAAUGAUACGAUAACAAAUACCGACGGAUAUCCAAUAUAUCGUCGAAGAAGUCCCGAUAAUGGCGGAUACUCAUUUAUUAAAAAUAUCAGCAACACAGACAUUGACAUUGACAAUCGUUGGGUGGUGCCGUAUUCACUUCUUCUAAGCAAGACAUACAAUGCUCAUAUUAAUGUUGAGUUUUGCUGUUCUGUAAAGAGCAUCAAAUAUAUUUGCAAGUAUGUCCAUAAAGGCAGUGAUAUGGCUGUGUUUAGAGUAGAAAAUACUAAUGUAAAUGCUCCUCCAAUUAAUAAAAACGAUAAAAUUACGCUCUACCAAAUUGGACGGUACAUCAGCUCCAAUGAAGCUGCUUGGCGUAUCUUCGGUUUUCCAAUUCAUGAACGGGAUCCAGUAGUUGUUCAUUUAGCCGUCCAUCUUGAAAACGGUCAGCGUGUAUUUUUCACAACCGAGACGGUGAUUAAUCGUGCUUCAAAUCUACCUGAAACUACACUCACGGCAUUUUUUGAAUUGUUUAAUAGUAUGGAUGAUUUUGGUGCCUUUGUAAGAACAUUACUCUAUUCACAAGGUGAAGAUGAUGGGUCAGACAGUAGUGCAACGGACAGCGGGGAAGUUGAAUCGCAAGAUUCCAAUAUAGCAGACGAGGCAGAUGCAGUAACUGAUUCUUCUUUUAUUGUUGGAGAGGCGAACAAUGACGUCGACACUCUGAACAAAACUGUUGCUGCUAUUACUGAAACACCUACAAAGCCUAAUGAAAACAGAACCAGAUCUCCUACGCCUUCCACAAGCAGCACUACAAAAAGUAAACAGGGACCUAGGCUCGUUAAAAGUCCAAAAACAAUGAAGAAAAGACAAGCUGAUGUGAAAACUGACGAACGACAGGAAGAGGCAUAUGUAUUGCUGAAGCAGCUACAAAAUAAAAAGCCACGUAAUCGGUUCCAAAUUUUCGACGAACUAGUUGCUUGUAAAAUCGAAAAUCUUCAAAAUGAAAACGCUAAAAACACGGUAGAGCAUUUGAUCUCUAAUAUUUUUUUCAAUUGUACUUUUCCGCCACAAUUAAAAAAUGGAAGGAUAUUAGUAAUUGGAGUAGAUGUUAAACCAGGUGAUCAGGUAGACGUCAACGUAAUUAUAAAGUUAGAAUGCCACGAAGGCUACCAAUUAUUUCCCAAUAUUCAAUUCACUAGUUGUAGCGCAAAUUGGGACGACGAAAUAAAUUCAGUGACGUGUAAAAAAUUAUGUCCUCCAUUUUAUUCAACUGCAACUAAUACGGUAAAAUGUAUAGAUAUAUAUGGUAACAUAGUCCCUUGUGAUAAAGCCAUUGAUGGCACCUAUUUAACUUAUACUUGCAACGCAUACUACGAAAUAGCACCAGGAGGUAAAAAUGUUCUUUACUGUAAUGAUGGCGUUUGGGACUUUCCCAAACCUAUAUGUCAACCAACUUGUGGAAGAAAAGUUUAUAAGGAACCUUCACUUAUUUGGAAAGGCAAAUACGUCAAAGAUUAUGAAUACCCCUGGGUUAUAGCGGUGUUCAAGAUUUUAGGAAAAUAUUACGAAAACAUAUGUGGGGGAACAUUAAUAAGCAGAAGAGCUGUCAUAACUGCUGCUCAUUGUGUCACGGAUACUUAUGGCACUGCUCUUGGUACAGAAAACUUUCAAGUUGCUGCUGGAAAAAUUUACAAUACCUUUGGAGACGAACGAGAUAUAUAUGCUCAGUAUAGAAAGGUAGCUGGUUGGGGACUUACUGAAGACAAAAAGCCUUCAGAGCUUCUCAAAUCAAUAAAAAUACCAUACAAAGAUACAGCGACAUGUGCUAAAGAACUACCAGUAAGAUUUGAGCAACAAUAUCAUGUUUUUGACAAAAUUUGUGCUGGUCAUCAAAAUAAAAGUAUUGCAGUUUGUAAAGGUGACGGUGGAAGCGGACUUGUCCUUAAAAAUCGAGAAGACAAUAGAUACUACAUUCAAGGAAUAGUUAGCAUAGCACCAAAUUUAAAUACUUCCGAAUGUAAUUAUCAAACGAACGCUUUAUAUACUAACCUUUCAUUCUACAAUUCUUUUAUAAAUAGAGAAAUUACUAAAAGUUACUUAGAGGACUGCUUACUUCCGGCGUAUCCUAAAAAUGGAAAAUGGUUUCUCGAAGGUGGUGUAGAAAAAAAACCUGGUGAUACUGUAUUGUCCAGCACUCUUUUACAGUUUUCAUGUAAUACGGGGUAUAUUUUAUCCACAACAGUCCCAUAUUAUCGCUGUGAUAGUUCUGAUGAGCAACCUACUUGUCUAAAACUAUGCCCUAAACAUUCAUUACCUAACGAAACACAAAUACUGUGUAAUAAUUAUAGAGAUCAGUAUAUAGACUGUUCAAAGCUUGCUGAUGGUGACAGUAUAACGUUUACAUGCCCAGACAGUUUUGUGUCAGACGGAGAAGCACCUACUACUACAAGGUACUGUCGACAAGGAGUAUAUUGGAAUUCUGCACCUUCCUGUAUAAACGUUAAAGGGAAGCCCAAGCCCGUUCGUCAAGAUACACCAACGACAACAAUAAGUACGAACCCUAAUAGCACACGUACGUCCAGUGGACGUCCUUAGUACGUCCCUCAUGUCCCCAAGACGUCUCUCGAACGUCCGCUUUGGUCCCAAGGACGUCCUUUUAACGUCCUAUAUUGGUCCGAAUGUUGCUGCGCCAAACGUUCUAUGGAAGUCCAUUUUACGUCCCGAGCGGACAUUCGUUGGACUUACCAGAACGUUAAUUGGACAUUAAUCGAACAUUUAUAAUACGUCCUUAGGACUUUUUUGACGGACUUUAUUGUGAUGUUCUUGGACGUCUAUUUUAGUAAACGUAAAUGUUUAAAGGAUCUUACACUUAUUUAUAUUUAUUUAUUAUUAACAAACGGGACAAAUCCACUGUCAAAAUUAUACAAAAAUG